UGACAACGACGCGUAGAGAGGGAGAAGCAGAAGCCAAAAAGUUGCAUCCAAACAAAGCCUUCUCUCUUCUCUCUCUCUUUUUAAACACACCUUGUUGUGGUUUUCUCUUCCUCUGACCCUCCGCUCUUGUAUUCGCAAUCGCACCUUCUCGAACAAUCUCAUCCUCACCUCACACUUUCAUAUUCUUUCCGAUCUCACCACUUGCAAUCAUGAGUGAUGAAGGAGAAAGGACUUGUCCUCUCUGUGCUGAAGAGAUGGAUUUGACAGAUCAGCAAUUGAGACCAUGCAAAUGCGGCUACCAGAUAUGUGUCUGGUGUUGGCAUCACAUAAUGGACAUGGCAGAGAAGGACGACACAGAGGGACGGUGCCCUGCAUGUCGCUCUCCAUACGAUAAGGAAAAGAUUGUCGGGAUGGCUGCAAACUGUGAGAGAUUGGUGGCUGUUCGUAUGGAUAGAAAGAUGAAGAGCCAGAAGGCGAAGUCUAAAUCAUCUGAAGGACGGAAGCAGCUCAGCAGUGUUCGAGUUAUUCAGAGGAAUCUUGUUUACAUAGUGGGAUUGCCUCUCAAUCUGGCUGAUGAAGAUUUUCUCCAGCACCGUGAGUAUUUUGGUCAGUAUGGGACAGUCUUGAAAGUGUCAAUGUCUCGGACGGCAGCUGGUGUUGUUCAGCAGUUUCCAAACAAUACAUGUAGUGUAUAUAUUACUUAUUCAAAGGAAGAAGAAGCUAUUCGAUGUAUUCAAAAUGUACAUGGAUUUGUUUUGGAGGGUAGACCUUUAAGGGCUUGUUUUGGAACAACUAAGUAUUGUCAUGCAUGGCUCAGAAACACGCCUUGCAGCAAUCCAGAUUGUGUAUAUCUGCAUGAGAUUGGCUCUGAAGAAGACAGUUUUACAAAAGAUGAAAUAGUUUCAGCUUACACUAGAAGUCGUGUUCAGCAAGUUACCGGUGUUGCAAGCAACACGGAACGGCGGUCAGGGAAUGUAUUGCCUCCUCCAUUGGAUGAUUACAUGAGCAACACUUCAGGCAAACCCAUUGCGAAAAAUUCUUUAAGUAACUCUGUUAGCACCGUAAAAGGUUCGCCUCCUGAUGGAAGUCCUGCAAAGCUUAUGGCUCCUGCAUGGGGUUUGCGGACUACAAAUUGUCAGCCAGCUGCUGGUGGUCUAUUAUGUCCAAACGGACUGUCGAAGCCCAAGCCUGAUUCAAUCAGCAGCUCACUACCCUUUUCCUCGGCUGUUGCAGGCCCAAUUCAAGCUUCAUUGCAUAGUGAAACAAUAGAGAGGCCACUGUCAAGUGAUGGGUGUCAUAGUAUACUGCCUGAAGUGAAAAAUAAUUGUAUAGAUGUUGUGGCAGGUGCUGAUGAAAAAACUUUGGCUUCUGAUGCGCCUGUGAAUUUUAACAGCCAGUUCCCUUCUAUACCAUUAGCCAGAGAAAGUGAUAGAGGGGGUUGUACAACAUCAAGCACAACGAAUUCUAUUGACAUCACAACAAGUUCAAAUGGCAGCUUUAGUCCUGAGGAAGCAAUUAUUGUUACCAAUGAAGGGAUUCAAAAUUUGUCCUAUGAGUUGUCCUCUGUUGACCUUGAUAGAAAUGCCCAAAAUGAACAUUACAACAUAACCAAACCCAGCAGCCCACCUACUGAUUUUGUAUUGGUUAAGCCUAUGCAAUCUCAAGGAUCACAACAUAAUGUUGAAAAAUUUAGAGAUGUAAUUAUAACAAAUGCAGCCAGUAAAUCCUCUGUAUUGGAUAACGAGUUUUAUAAUUCAAAGGAACGAUAUGAUUUGAAAUUGGAUUCUCAAUCUCAGGUAGCAUCAGGUUAUGCUGAAGUAGAUGAUGAUGAUGUGACAUCUUUCGAUAACCAGAGACUUAAGGAUCCAGAAGUUGUUUGUCAUUCUUAUUCGCCUUUCCUUCGUGUGUCAAAUAAUUAUAAUCCUCAUCCUCUGCAGCAUGGUGAUCCUUGUACUUUUGUAAAUUCCGGUUCUUUAGCCACAAAUAAUGUAGUUGGGGAUGAUCCAAAAGCAUUAUGCAAUGGAUAUCCUGAGAAAUUGGUCAGCACCAACUCUUACAGGUUGCUUCAUGAUGAAAGGAAUGAUAAUAACAUAGGAAGAUUAGUUAGCGAAGCAGUUAAUAUUGGAAGUGAUGCCUCUACAGAUAAGGGUGAGAGUAGUAUAAUUUCAAAUAUAUUGUCCAUGGAGUUUGAUCCCUGGGAUGACUCACUAAUAUCACCCCAUAAUUUGGCCAAGUUGUUGAGUGACAAUACUGACAAUCAGAAUGGUCUGCUAAAGAAAUCUAGUUCUUGUAAUGUCCAAACCAAUCAAUCAAGAUUUUCUUUUGCAAGACAAGACGAAUCCAAAAUCCAAGCCUUUGAUUUGAACCCAUCGCAUGGUGCCAACCAACAGUUUCUCAAAAGUCGCUCACUCAUCCGAGAUUUUGUGGAAACAACAGACGUGUCUUUGGACAAAAUGGGUAUUGCAAAUGGCUUUCCUGUUAAUAAAGUUGAGGAAUAUGAGAAUCUAGGCAGUGGUCAUUUUAUUGCUUCUAAUAAUCUUUCUGCUGUUUCCAAAGCACAAAUUUCAGCGCCCCCAGGAUUUUCAGAGCCAAGCAGGCCACCACCUCCCGGUUUUUCUUCUCAUGAGAGAAUGGCACAGGCUUUUGACUCAAUUUCUGGGAAUUCAUUGCUUGACCCUUCUUUCUUACCGAGAAAUUCAUAUCAGGCACCAUCAACUGGGAAUUUUGGAGGUGCAGGAGACAUUGAGUUUAUGGAUCCCGCUAUUUUGGCAGUUGGUGAGGGGAGAUUUCACGGUGCGCUAAACAGCCCAAUGCUAGACAUACGUUCCAAUUACACCCCACAAUUAAAUUACCUUGAGAAUGAGGCCAGACUUCAGUUAUUGAUGCAAAGAUCUCUCCCGCCACAACAAAACCACCGAUUUUCAGAAUUUGGGAACAAUUUUUCUCAGCUUAGUAAUUCUUAUGGCAUUUCUUCACGGAUAGAUCAAUUACAAGUCGGUAAUCUUACUUCAUUCCCUCAACUGUCUCUCCAGCAGUCUAGAAAUGCUGUCUUGUCAAAUGGCAAUUGGGAUGGGUGGAAUGAAAUGCAGAAUGGAAAUAAUAUAGGAAUGGCUGAGCUUUUGAGAAACGAAAGGCUUGGAUUUAACAAGUUUUAUAGAGGAUAUGAUGAUUCAAAGUACCGGAUGCCAAAUUCUGGGGAUUUAUACAACAGGACAUUUGGGAUUUGAAUUUGUUGGCUAUACUAUUGUUGUCAAUUUUGGCCAUGGCAAAGCCAAGGCAGAAAUGGGAAAGUACAAUUUUUUCUGCAUUGCUAAAGGUGAUGGGGCUGGCUCUCGACAUAAUUUAUCUCUCGACAUUAUGAUGAUGCUCGAAGAAGUGCAGUUUAUAACUGCUGCUGUUCUGGAUUUGCCGAAGCAAGGUGUGUGAGAUGUAAGAAAUCAACCGUGGAUCAGAACAUGAUCCUUAGCACUUACAUCGUCGUCGAGUGUUCUCUUUAUAAGUGCAGACGAUGAAAUUUUGUUGAUUGACAGUCGAAUAAUCAGCUCUAUAUUUAUUGGUAUUGUAAUUUUCUUUACUGAACUUGUGGAUAUAGAUAAGAGGUUUGGUGCGGAAUUAUUCAAUGGUAAAAAAUGUUGGCAGCAGUUUUCAUCAUCAUAUUUGAUAUAGAAUUUUUCACUUUUUGACUAUGAUAACAUGGAAUUCCUUCCGAGUGUGUAACUCUGUUGCCACCUGGGCAGGUUUAUUGUCUUCUUUGACCAAUUACUUAUGUUUUUUUGUGUGCAUAAAUAUUUUAAUGGCAGUCGAGCACAUUGUAUGUUUCA